GAACUUUUAGCGGUGGGAUGAACAAGAUGACAUCUCAUCUGGAAUUUCCGUAAUCGUGCUAGCACUAAACUUAUUAUCAGUUUUUUAUAAUGCAGUCCAAUUUACCUUUAAAUUCUUCUUUGGAAAAUAAGUUGGAACACCUAAAUUUAUGUGGAAACGCAUUCGGAUAUGGCCAUAAUUCUUCUUCGCAAUAUAAAUUAAGGGAUAAGACUGGAUAUCCCCCAGACACACCCCAAAAGUAUGUCAAUGACAUGAAAACAGCAAGACACAACACAAGAUCGAUGUUGUUUGAUUCUGAAAGGGGCCCUUUGAGCCCGAAAGCUACUGAAAAUAAUUAUUGCAGAGCGAGUCCUAGCCCUAUGGUUAACAGACCAAGUACAGUUUUUAGCCCAGUCGGUGGACCUUCGAGUUCAUUUGAAAAAAUUCGUCAAGAUCUUCUCCAAUCAGGCCAUUUGUUUUGCGAUUCUUCUUUUCCGGCUGAUGACUCAAGUCUUUAUUACAGUCAAAGACCACCAUGUCAAAUUGUCUGGAUGCGUCCAAGUGAAAUAGUUGCUGCGAACAGCGGAGGUGGUUCCAUGGGUAUAACCCCAAGAAAGAUAUCAACACCAGAAUUCAUUGGUGAAGGUGGAAUCAAACUCGGCGAACUGAGACAGGGAGAAUUAGGAGAUUGUUGGGUAGUUGCUGCACUGGCUGCUAUAGCCAGCCAACCGAGUCUUCUUAGUCGUACUAUACCUACUGGACAGUCGUUUCGAGUAGAAUGGUAUGCUGGCAUAUUUGCCUUUCGAUUCUGGCGUUUUGGGCGUUGGGAAGAAGUUUAUAUUGAUGAUCGUCUUCCAGUUAAAUCUGGUGGUCAACCAUUGUUUGUACAUUCUGGACGUUUAACAGAAUUUUGGCCAACAUUAUUGGAGAAAGCUUACGCAAAAUUAAAUGGGUCAUAUGAGGCUUUGAAUAUUGGACUUGUCGGAGAUGCAAUGGAUGAUCUGACUGGUGGUUUAACAGAAUCAUAUACACUUCCAGGGGCAGAAGACCAUGGACUUCAACCUCCAUCCGACUUAGAUGAUAUAUUAAUAAAAUCGUUCGAUCGUCGAAGUUUGAUUACAGCUCGCAUAAAGACUAAAGGAGUACCUGGUCCAGGUUUUGUCAUACCGGUAGGAUUUGUACCUGGUCAAGCAUUUGGUUUAACAGAUUGUCGAAAGCUUCGAUUGACGGAUGCAUCAGGAAGUCGUUUACUCCGUUUAGUUCGCUUAAGAAAUUUAUGGCCUUCAGUUCGUGUGGACUGGACAGGUGCAUGGUCAGAGGGUUCAACAGAAUGGCUUAGUCUUCCACCACAAGACCGUUUAAAAGUUGGCUUAGUGAAAGCUCAAGAAGAGUUUUGGAUGUCCCUUGAAGAUUUUAUUGCCAAUUUUGACUAUUUGGAUAUUUGUCAUCUAACAGAGCCACCUCCAGUAACUUCUAAAUCUUCUAGUGCUUAUCAUUCCUUACAUAAUUUCCCAUCAGUUCACUUACGUGGGCGAUGGCUUCGAGGUGUGUCAUGUGGAGGUCGACCAUACAUCCGUGCAAGUCACUGGGCAAAUCCUCAGUUUCGACUGGUAAUUAAUUCACCUGAUCCAAAUGAUCCUGAUGGGUUCGCUACAACCGUAAUUGCUUUAAUGCAAGCUGAUCGUCGUCGUCUACGUCAUCGUGCUCCUCGACUCGCAUCUAUUGGAUUUGUUUUAUAUCGGCUUCCAGCUGGUGCUAAUCCACCAAUGCCACGUGGAUUUUUUGAAACUAAUCAUCAUAUAGCUAGUGUGGAUUUUUUCUUCGAUUCUAGAGAAGUUGUUAAACGGUUAAAAUUAACACCAGGUCAUUAUCUUCUUGUUCCAUGUACAUAUGCAGCAGAUCAACCAGGUGAAUUUUUAUUACGUUUAUUAUUUGACAAUCCGGAUAGAAUUUGCGAAUCUACUUUAGAACGCGUAGAACUUAGUGGUUUAGCUGCAACUGGACCAGAGCUUGAUCCAAACUAUGAAUUAUUUCAGCCACGUCUUAGACGAUUAUUUUAUGAAGCUUCAGGUGAAUCGAUGGCUGUUGAUGCAUUUCAGUUGGAACCAAUACUUAAUUGCCUUUUGCGAGAUGAUCAUCGGGCACCAUACAGUAUGGUUAGUACAGAUGCUUGUCGAUCUCUGGUAGCCCUUCUCGAUCGUGAUGGGACAGGACGUUUGUGUGAAUCAGAUUUUCGACGAGUCUGGGAUAUUCUACGAUCAUGGUCUCGUCUGUUUGCAAGUUUUGAUCCACAGAGAACUGCUCAUGUAACGAGUUUGGACUUUCGAAUUAUUGUCGAACAAGCGGGUUAUACUCUUCCACACACACUAUUUUCUAAACUUGUGAACCGAUUUGUUAAUGUGGAUUGGCGUCUUGAUUAUCCUCAUUUUAUCAGCGCUAUGUCACUUAUAACAAAAGCAGUUGCAAUUUUUAAGAAUUUUGAUCAUGGUGGACGAGCUGUUCUACCCUUGGAACAAGUAGGCUUUUAGAUUUCCCUGUUUUUGUUUUUGUUUUAUUUAUUGUAUUCAUUGUUUUGAUAAUUAACCUCAGAAUUAUCAUAAAUAAAUUUACGUUUAGGGAUACAAGUUAUUCAACAAUAUACACCUCGAUGUACAAUGAAACAAGUACAUUACACGAAGAUCUAAUCACCAUAUAUUGAGUUUUUGAAAUCACAGAAUUUCAAUAGACUAUCUUCAAAAAAUGAGCGAAUCAAAUAACGAAAAUAAAAUACUGUUAUGAUAUACAAGUGCUUUAUAUGAUAUGUUUGUUAUUGCAGUUUAAUAAAGUGUUUAUCUAUAACGUGUGAUCUAAAGUAGUCUUAAAAGUAGGCGUAUUAUCUGCUGAAAUGACUUAAGUUUUGAAAACUGGGUAACCAUCAGAUUUGAAUAUUUUUCAAAUUUAAUCCUGAUCGAACAAAGUCUUUAUCGUAUGUUCAAUAAUGAGUCAUUAACUGGGACGUACAAUAUAUUCAAUGGUGCCUAGUUUCCAAUACUUCAGCAGCUGGUAUCAAUUUGUAACAACAUCUGUUUUCUCAAAUUCUACUUAAAUAUACGAGAUUAGAGUGUUGAUUAUUAUGAAUUACAACUAAAGUUUCAGUUUAAUAAAUAUACUGCUUUUCAAAUUGUAUAAAAUAGGAGAAACUUAACUAGUUUUGUAGCCAGUAGUAAUGAUAAGGAAGCAAGGAGGAUAAACUUCGUAGUUUUUAGAAAGAAAAAUAAAAUAUUGACCUUCGAAAUAUAAAAAAUAAGAACAUUUCAUUUAGUUGGGAAACUUUUCCACUUAUGAUGAAACGUUGGCGUUAAUACAGAAAACCCGCAUGCCUUUUAAUAGCCUACAUGAUUUGUUUGACUGUUUUCAGUCAUUUCUCUUUGUCCUAGUGUAUUGUUCAAAAACUACUCCUGAGGCGAGUGACCUAUAAAGUUAAAAGUUAUACUUUCAAAUUUUUGAUCUACAUUAUACAAGGUAUAUUGAUGAGUUUUGAAGUAAUCUUGUAGGAAUUGAGUUAUGACAGUCAAUAUUACUUGGGAUUAAACGUGUAACUGAAAAGCCUUACACCUUAAAUUUCUAGUCCCUAAUGAUAUAUGAACAGGUUCACAAAAACUUAGAAUUUCUCAGAUCGAUAAAAGUGUUUGUUUGAUUAACAUUUUUCUAGUUCUUCUGAAUAGACGUGCUGGUCAAUAAAACGACGAUGUUAGAAAUCUGUCAAAACUGUGAUCUAAAAUCAAUUAGUAUAGUCAAGAUGCAACAUUUCACAACAUAUCGCUGCACUACAUAAGAAAUUACAAGUACAUGAUUAAAAUUUAAACUACUAAUGGAACUUAACAACUGACUGGUAAAAUUUGUUUCACUGUUAACCAUCACGUGUAAUAUAACUAUUAAUUGACAUUUGUCAUUUUUUUAUUGUUACAUAUAUUUACAGUUGACUAAACAUUCAACAUUUCAAUAAAAAUGUCUAUCAAACUUAUUUUCCACUCGUUUAUAGUGAAUUAUAAAUUAACGAUUUCAGACUACAUUCAAAUAAACAAUACAAUGAAUAGUAUAUUGUUUUGUUCAGUAUGACAUUUGUGGGUUCUUUUUUUUCAAUUUGCCUUUUUUUUUCUAAAUUGAUCAUUUAAUACUUGAGUAUUAAUUCAAUGAUCUCGUUUUUUUUCCUUUUUGUUUAGUUUGUCGAGAUCGCAAUGACGAUGUAAUUUGAAAUGAAAUAAACAAAGAAUAAUUCAUUCUUCCUCACUUUAUCUAUCUCUUUCUUUAUGUUUUUAUAUUCCUUGUAAAAAAGAAUUCAAUAAUUCAGUAAUAUAUAAUCUAUUUUAAUAAAUCAGAUAACUUAUCGGCAUAUACUACAAUAAUGAUAUUGUUACAAUAAUCUCAAUAAUAAUAAUAACAAUAAAUUUUUUUUCUGAUUAUUAUUUCCAUAAUGUUUGGUUAUUUUGUACACAAAAUCUUAUUAUUUUUAUGUUUCUAACUGAUAUCUAUACAAAGAGAUGAAGUGAGCGAAAGACAAGUGUUACACUUUUUAACUAACAUUAUUCUGAUUGGAUUAACAAGCUAUUCAUCGAUUUGAUCACUUCAAAUUAUUUAUUUACAUUUUAUUUAUCUCAUUUCAAUUUCACCUCUCCAUAUCUUACAACUCUUCCUCUUUUAAUACGGUAGUUAUUUAAAUAUACAAACAGUCAAGACUACUGCUGCCACUUUUACAACUAUUGUUUUUGUUAUAUCAUUGAAAAGAGUUUAUCAUAAUUAUGGCAGGUAGAAUGCAGAUCAUGGUAACUGAUAAUCGUUAUCAUAAUUAUGGACAAAUGUUUCUUUUAUACACAUUUAUUCGUCUACCCAUUCGAGCUGCUGUGAGAAAAAACAAAUAACAGAAUUAAAAUAACUUAUUUUUUAAUUAUUAUUAUUUACUACUUAAAAAUUCAACUUAAUUUUUUCUCGUUAUGACUAACAUAUUAGUAACCAAGUUCAUAAAGUAAAUAGUUUUAUUGUUUUGUUGACUGUUCUACUAACAAUAUUGUUAUAACUGCUAAGAUAACUAAUUAUGGUAAUCAUGAGUAUUAUUAGUGCAUAAUUAAAAUGAUAAUAUUUGAUUUAUUCCAAAAGGCUUAGUAACUCUUACUCUCACAUUGUUCCACGCUCUCCUUGUAACCACCCUAUAUUUUGUGCUCCCCUUUUUACUUCUUUAAUUUUACCCUUCUCAUUUCACAUUCUCUGUCUUUACAUUUUUGAUUUUCCCUUACAUAAAUUUCCUUUCAUAUUUCUAAUGGAGAGUUGGAAUUACCAUUUUUCCCUUAAUAUAUAUAUGUUCUAAUGACUUGUUAUACCAAAAUGUAUGCAAGCAAUCUUUUUGUAAGUUUAAAUUAAGAGAAAAUUCACAUGUACAUUUUCCGACUUCAGUUUUGCUUUUCCCAUCAACUAUAUUUACCAUACUUUGUUUGUAUAUACACAUUUGUUUAUUUAUAUUUUCUUAUCUGUUUCGUUUACCGUGUUAUAAGAAAAUUGUAUGUUCUUUAUUUAUUAAUUCAUGAAUUGAUUUUUGUUUUUUCAUCCUUCUCCUUCUUCAUCUUCCUUUUUUUUUCUUCCUCUUCUUCUUCUUUAUUCCUUUUCUAUAUUUCUGCAUUUAAAACUGUAUUAAUUAUUGUUAUAAUGAUAAAUAUGGUAAUUCAUUUUAUACAAUAGAUAUUUUCAAUUGCGUUUAUUUUACUUUUUCAAAAUUUAUGCCACAAAAUUACAUCAAUUUAUUAAUUAAUUGGUAAGGUUUUUGUAAAUUCUUACAAUUCAUCAUGUUAAAACUAUAAUAACUGAUGUGUUUUUCAGAUAAAACAUUCAUUCACUACUUAUCUAGUUUUAUAAAAAGAUUUAAGGUUACUGUGUGUAUGAAUUGACCUCUCUGAAAUGUAAUUAAUUUUAUCAAAAUAAGGUCGUUUAAUAUGAAAACACUGAUGAAUAGUGGAAAACAAACAAGCUUAUUGUAUUCACACCAUAACUUUCAGCUUAGUAGUUUUACAAAGUCUUACAUACCAAGUUAAAAGAGUGGAUUUAUAGCAAAAAUCGUAAUAUAUG